AUGGCUGCCUACCCCACCGGCUCCUCCUCUGCCCCCAACGCCUCCGCCGCGGCGGCUACUGAGGCCACCGACGGGCCGGUUUUCCAUGUGGUCUCGAAGCGCCUCCGUGCGCUGCGGAAGAAGUACAACCGCAUCCUGCAGAUAGAGGAGUCUCUCGCCGCCGGCAAGACGCUCAACCACGAGCAGGAGGAGGUGCUCCGCUCCAAGCCCGUCGUCACCGUGUCGAUCGACGAGCUCGAGCGCCUUCGCGCCCCUCUCGCCGCUGCCCUCGCCGAGAGCGAGUUCGUCGCCACCAUGGUCGCGUGCACCCACGAGCGGAGUUGCUGCAUCACUUAUGACUACGUCACGGAUGACGCGGCGGACCUGCUCGUGGAGACUGACCUCGACGCGGUCUCUGCUCUCGCGGUCCUUGCCGCCUCGCGUCCUGCUGCUGCGGUUGGCGUCUCCCACCGAGACGCUCUCUAG